AUGCGAAUCAUUAACAGUAUAGUGUUGUUCAGAUUUAAAGAAGGUUCCGAACAAAUGAGCUUCACAAAAUUCAGUAUUUUGUUGUUCUUAGUACUGUUUUCGGCUUUUGAAUCGAUAGCGGAAGAGGAGAAAGUAGAAAAACUGAAUGAGUCUUUCACGGAGGCGUUGCUGUUGAGGCCGCUGCCAGAUCGGAAAGUGUUGGCUCAUUUCCAUUUUCAGAGCAGCGUGCCACCGGCUCGAGCCUAUGGCCGCCACCAUUACAUCUUCCCGAAAUCCAUUUAUCAGCUGGCGAAGAUGGAGCUUUCGUUCACGCAAGGCCGCUGGAACUACGAAAGGUGGGGAGGGUUUGAUCCGAUCUCAAGCAGCAACACAAAGCCUCCCGGAGUCGAAUUAUGGGCUGAUUUUGAUGUCUCUAAGGAUGAGGUCGAUAGUUCGUGGAAGAACCUCACCCAUGCUCUUUCAGGCCUCUUUUGUGCCUCUAUCAAUUUCUUGGACCACUCGACUAGUUACUCCUCACCUCAGUGGAGCUUCCGUCCCUUCUCGGGCAAAUUACGUUACGGCACUUUGCCUCGUGAAGCCGUUUGCACUGAAAAUCUCACGCCGUGGCUGAAGUUACUUCCUUGCAGGGACAAGGCUGGGCUUUCUUCACUUAUGGACCGGCCCUCCAUUUACAAUGGGUAUUAUCAUUCACAAAGGCUGCAUUUGAGGGAUAGUGCUCGUGCAAACCCUUACGGUUGUCCUUCAACCAAAAACAGAAAAAUAUCACAGCAGCCCAACUGGUCAUUCGGCUCGUUAUUAGGCAGGAGAGUUAGUGGAAAAUGCUCUCUUUCUGAUUCUAGUAAUGUGUAUGUCCAGUUUGACAAGAGUUUAGUGUCCGAACAGGUUUCCCCUCAGAAAAAUCCUCUGUUUGAACUGUCACUUGCGCCCAAAAGGGUUAUAAAAGAAACGGGAGAUAUGCAGAAAGGGGGAUCUGUUCUGUAUGAAUUUUCAGUAUUGGACUACACUGAAUCUGAGCCGUUUGAUUUGGGAUUAAAGUGGAAGGUGCAUGUUGUCUGGUCAUGCGAGCAAGCACCUUUAUGGGCUAGUAGGUUUUUAUUGGGGAGCGGAAAUGAGAGGGGUUCUAUAGCCAUCUCGAUGAAAUCCACCGGGAGGAACAAUGUAGAGAGAGAAUGUUGGCUGAGAGUUGGCAUUUUCCAUGUGGUUCCUUGGUAUGUGAAGGUGUAUUAUCACACUCUGAAAUUGUUCUUAGAUGGAGAACCUCAAUCUACUGUGGAUAACAUAGAGAAAAUACAUGUUUCACCUUCUGAAGACAAGGUCUCUCCUGGAGUAAUGGAAAUAGAGUUGAGAUUGCCUUGUAGUGUUAAAACUGCUGCAUUGACUUUGGAGUUUGACAAGGGGUUUCUUCACAUAGACGAAUAUCCUCCAGAUGCCAAUCAGGGGUUUGACAUUCCAUCCGCACUAGUACACUUUUCCGACUUCCAAUCAAACAUGAGUUUUGUUGAUAAUUUGUCAAAGGAAGUACCCAUAUUGUCCAAGCUACAGGAACAAACUCCGGUCCUGUCGUACACAGAAGUUCUGCUCGUACCAUUGACAACACCUGAUUUUAGCAUGCCUUAUAACGUUAUAACUAUCACAUGCACCGUUUUCGCUCUGUAUUUUGGAUCCCUGCUUAAUGCCCUUCGAAGGCGAGCCAGUGAGGAAGAAAGGCUUCUUACGGCAAAGGGCAAGACAUCU